UUCAAGAAACCGAGCUUCGGAAUCUCUCGGUAGUCGCAUCUUCCGCUUUAGGUUCGGGCCGACGAUCUGUCGCGACUCCCCUGGUCUCCGUCGUCGACGGCUGGAGGAUUUCCCCUUCCGCCGGAGCUCGAGGUCGCGAUGUCGAGGGCGCGAGUGUACGCCGACGUUAACGUGCACCGGCCCAGGGAUUACUGGGACUACGAGGCGCUCACCGUUCAAUGGGGAGAUCAAGAUGACUAUGAGGUAGUCAGAAAAAUUGGGAGAGGAAAAUAUAGCGAGGUUUUCGAAGGUGUUAACGUCACGAAUAAUGAAAGAUGCGUCAUCAAGAUCCUCAAGCCUGUUAAGAAAAAGAAGAUCAAGAGAGAAAUAAAAAUACUGCAGAAUCUCUGUGGUGGCCCUAAUAUUGUGAAGCUGCUUGAUAUUGUCAGAGAUCAGCACUCGAAAACCCCUAGCUUGAUUUUUGAAUAUGUGAACAGUACAGAUUUUAAAGUUUUGUACCCCACUCUAACAGAUUAUGACAUACGAUACUACAUAUAUGAGCUUCUUAAGGCAUUGGAUUACUGCCAUUCCCAAGGCAUAAUGCAUCGAGACGUCAAGCCGCACAAUGUUAUGAUUGACCAUGAAUUGAGGAAGCUCCGUUUGAUUGAUUGGGGACUUGCUGAAUUCUACCAUCCUGGUAAAGAAUACAAUGUCCGUGUAGCUUCAAGAUAUUUUAAGGGUCCGGAGUUGCUUGUUGACCUCCAAGACUAUGAUUAUUCCUUGGACAUGUGGAGCCUUGGGUGUAUGUUCGCAGGAAUGAUAUUUCGGAAGGAGCCGUUCUUUUACGGCCAUGACAACCAUGACCAGCUUGUCAAAAUUGCCAAGGUUCUUGGGACAGAUGAAUUAAAUGCAUAUCUGAACAAAUACCACUUGGAGCUUGAUCCACAGCUAGAAGCUCUUGUCGGAAGGCACAGCCGGAAACCGUGGUCCAGAUUCAUUAAUGCUGAUAAUCAGCAUCUUGUUUCUCCAGAGGCUAUUGAUUUUCUUGACAAGCUCCUCCGAUACGACCAUCAGGAUAGGGUUACGGCAAGAGAAGCAAUGGCUCAUCCAUACUUCUCCCAAGUACGAUCGGCAGAGAACAGCAGGCUGAGGACACAAUAAACCGCUCCGGGAGUCGUCAACUGUGGUACUCUGUAUUAGUUCAGGCUGCUUCCUUCGGUCUUACUCGAAUCUUUAUGACCAGGAAUAGCUUCAAAUUUUGCCCCAUAAAUUGAUUUUAUUGUUUCCAGUUCUUAAACUGGGGCCGCAGAAUGUGCCUUGAAUUUUACAACCGUGGUUAUUCAGUUCGGACAAGAUUAAAUGUACGGCGAAUGCUGAUUUUUGGAUUUCCUGAUUUGUGUGCUAUAUAAAACACUGCUUGGACGA